ACGAGCCUUCUCUCUAUCUCUCUCAUCGUUUUCUCUCUCUAGAAAUUAUACAUUAUUACCGCCUUCGAGUUCUACAAGAACCCAUUCCCUCCUUCACCGCCCCAAAUUCUUCUCAUCUCUCUAACAUUCUCUCUCUCUAACAUUUAUCAAAAAACUUUCAGUGUCUCCAAUCAGCAUCUUCAAACUGGCGUUCGAGAAUCAAGACACAGUUCGUGAAAUCAAGCCCAAAAAUAGGAGAAUCAUGGGUGCUGGAGGACCUGAUGAUGAAGAAAACAGAUGGCCGCCAUGGUUGAAACCUCUGCUGAAAGAGCGUUUCUUUGUUCAAUGUAAGAUGCACGCUGAUUCGCAUAAGAGUGAGUGUAAUAUGUACUGUUUGGAUUGUAUGAAUGGUGCUCUUUGUUCUCUCUGCCUCAAUUACCAUAAAGAUCAUCGCGCUAUUCAGAUAAGGAGGUCUUCAUACCAUGAUGUUAUUAGAGUGAAUGAGAUUCAGAAGGUGUUGGACAUAUCCGGUGUUCAAACCUAUAUUAUCAACAGUGCUAGGGUCGUGUUCUUGAAUGAAAGGCCUCAGCCAAGGCCGGGCAAAGGUGUCACCAACACCUGUGAAGUCUGCGAGCGAAGCCUUCUCGAUUCGUUUCGAUUCUGUUCUCUUGGUUGCAAGAUUGUUGGAACAUCAACGAGUUUCCAGAAGAAGAACAAGUUAGCAACCUUGAUAUCGGACUCGGAGGAUUCAUACAGCAGCAGUUGCAGCCAUGGAAAACUGAAGAACAACAUCAAGGUGCAGGUGCAAAGCUUCACUCCUUCAACACCACCACCAACUUCAGUUAAUUACAGAACAGCCAAAAGAAGAAAGGGAAUCCCACAUCGUGCCCCAAUGGGAGGACUAGUCUUGCAGUACUAGUCAACAGUUCAUAGUUUUAGGUUACUGCUAUAAUGCCCUUAAUGAACCCGGUUCCCCUAACGUUUGAGAUUUCCCGCAUUCACCUAGUCAGAACAUUGACAUAAUGUUCCGACUAUGUGAAUGUGGAUUCUUUUUGACAGAGGGAACUUUGGUUCAACUUUAAUAUAUAGAUACCAAAAAAAAUCUAAAGAAUCUGUCUUAAUGUUGCUCAUCAGUUCCAGUGCUAGAGCUUUUUGGUGAAAAGGGCCAGUGCUGGAAUUGUUGUUGGUGUUAAUAGUGUUUGUUUUUGUGUGUAUAGGAAAAAUCCAAUAGAAGUGGGAAAAUGUUGUAUAAGCAGAAGAAAAAUAAAACUUAUGUAAAAUACUAGUUUGAUAAAAAGGAACGGUGUAGGAAAAUAAGCAAAAAGUUCCUUUGGACCAAAGCUAAAGAUGGUAAUGACAACAGUAUAGGUUGGUUUUCUAGAGUAAUUAUAUCUAAGUUUAGGGGGUGUAAAUAGUGAAAAAAGUGACAAUGACAGUGUGCUCUUUACAAAUAUAGGUCGACUCUAUCUUUAUGUAAAAUUGUGAAAUUCAUAAUAAUGAUAAUUUUUAUAA